CUUGAUAAGACCAAGGAGGUAUUAAAUAAGCUGGAGAAACAACGACCAUCAACUCCUUUGUACGAUGUGAAGCACCGCCGCUCGAGGGCAUCAUAAAAUUCUCGUUAAUUUAAUUGGAUUUAACUGUCUACGUCAUGGUCAGUGACGUCACCUGACACCGUUCACUCUGUUUGCACGCUUGAGCGCUCCACGCCUUGGCCAGUUUAGGCUUAGCUUGCUUUUGUUUUUCUUGGUUCUAGUGGUCUUAGUGGUUGAUUGAAAAUGGCGUACAGUUCCGAAGAAUAUUUUUUAGAUGAUGAUUUAGAUGACCUUUUAACUGAGUAUAAUCUCACAGAAGAAAAGGAAGAAAUGCUGAAGGAUUUUGAAGAGGAAUGUGACAAAGAUACAGACGAUAGUGACAAUGAUGAAACAUGUUAUUGUAUUUGCAAAAACACCAACAGCAUGGACGAUCUAAUCGGCUGUGACAACGUAGAAUGUGCAGUACAAUGGUACCAUCUUUCCUGUGUAGGACUGUCAGCAGAAUCCGUCCCUAAAGAUGACUGGCUCUGCCCAAAUUGUUCUUCAAGAUCAGGAACCAAGCAGGUUACCAAAGAAAAUAUCAGCAAACCAUCAUGCAAAGAAAAUGUACCACGUAAACAUACAGAUGUUCAGCAAAGCAAGCAAAGUACGAAUGGAAGUGCUCCUCUGGGAAAAAAAUCGGACAGAAGCAAGAAAUUAAAGAAAGGGAAAGUUUCCUCUAUAAAGAAAGUAACAAUAAAACAGCCUGCGUCACAGACCAGUGUCGAAGAAGUAAAAAGUAAAGCUGUUGAUUUUCUACAUGACGUUUUGCAAGGCAUAGCAGGUGAUGAGCUAUAUCAUGACACUGAAAAUAGCAGGGACUUGAUGACAUUAGUGGAAACACUAAUGAAAAUUAAAAGUAGUACACCUAUGGUUGAAUUUGUUAAGUUGAUAAUAUCCAGAGUGUGGGAUAGCAUAUGCAAAGGCGAUGGAAAGAAACUUGGACCAGAAGCGAGCGAAAUCAUUUUAACAAAUGUAUUUGAGAUUUCUAUGGACCGCAAUUUAAGAGAUAAUUGGAGAACGAUUUUACGGGAACAGGGUGGGCAUGACCUAAGAAAUUCAUUAGUUUGCAAUUUUGUUUAUGUUCAGCUAGUGAACAGCAUUCAUUCCCAGUUGAUCUCUAUGCGUCAGGGAGAGAUAAAUAGAACUGUUAUAGAGAAAGACCGAGGUCUUACAGAGGAAGAGAUUCAAAUUGUUAGGUAUGUUUCUGGUUUUAUACCAUUUGCACUUGUAAAACAUUACAGGAAACACAAAAAUGGUAUAUCCAAAAUAUAUAGGGAAAUAUUACAGUCAUGGAAGGCAGUGGAGGGGGAGGGUGAUAGUUUUUUCGAACAUUCCGACAAGUGGGUAAAUAUGCAAGACAGAGGUGGAUUAUUCCAUGUAAAUGACACUGUUUUUAGAUUGUUUAUGGCUAUGGAAAUUGUGUCAAAAAAGCAUUUACUUAAAGAUGACCUCAAAAAGUUUAGAAAUGUUAAUAUGCAACAUACUUUAAUGGUAGAGAUUGUUAAUGAUGCUAAGGUACAGAAUUGCUGGUGCAAUGUCACAAAGAAUUUAAUUGCAGGAGAACUUAGCAUAAAUUUAUUACAUAUUGUAUCUUCAUAUUGGGCAAAAAUUAGAUGCAAACACUUUUUAAAUGCAUGUAUGAAUUUGAUAAAGAAAAAUGAUAGCCAAAUGUCUAAAAAGCAUGAUAAAGGUUUACGAAAAAAUCUUGCCUCAAAAUAAUUAGAGUAAGUAAUGUAGUAUGCAACUCUACAGCAACAAUACAGUAUUAACUGAAUAGAAAUUUUGUUGUCAAUUUUAGAUUUCAUCAUUUACUCUAAAAUGAGCAGAAGGUGUAACUAUGUAACAUACGUCCAUAUUGAAAUACAUAAACUUCAUACAAUUGUGAAAGAAAA